GGAACUGGCCUUGGAGAGAAGAAGGAAGUGCAGUUACAUUGAGGAAGGAUCAAAACAUCAAAACUGGGUUGCCGUUUUUACAGACAAAUUCAGGUGCAUAGCGAAGGCGAAAGGCUUCGAGAAGCCUGGGAUUUCUCUUCAAAUUCUGAUACAAAAGCUGGGAUGAAGAACUGUCUAUCUAAUUUCAGUUUAUUUAAUGGCAGAUAUUGGAAAUUUCACAGUAAAAAGGAAGACAUUUUUAUCAGACAUAUAAGUGCCAUAAGCCCUCGACAAAGAUCUUUACAUCAUCCGUAAAUGAAUCAUGCAAUAUUGAAUUUAAAGUUUGUGAUUGAAAUUGAUUACUUUGGUAUUGCAUUGAGUGAGCGCCAGAUACAACAGACUGUUUUGUGCGCGGGAGCUGAGGAUCUCCACGACCAGUUAGCUCUGUGGUCGGAGGUAUUUAAAUUCAAGGCAAUCAUUGUUAUUGCACGAAAUGUUUCCAGCUGGAUUACAAUAAGGCCUGAAAAGUUUGUGUGUUCGCUGUUUUUGAACGACACAUUUGACCGAGUUUAUUUGAUGUGGGCCAGUGCAUAGUUAAUUGUUAGGUUAGUUAAAUUCGUACAACCAUUGUUGCAUAUCUAACUAACGUGUAAGACAGAGGAUUGCGAAAAAGACAGUGUCAUUUUGUUUAUCAGAAUUGGCUACAUGACCUCCUGGUGGUGGCAGAUUGUAGCCUUUUACGGUCGUCUCUAAGCCUAGGGGCUAGAUAGGGAAUGAGUAUAUUUAUUUUAAACACUUAAUAUUUUGCGUGAUAAAAAUAAAUAAACUGUCAAGAUGAAACUCCUGGAGAAUUCUAGUUUUGAAGCCAUAAACACCAGACUCACCAUUGAAACGGGGGACUGUCAGAUAAUAGGAAGGAUCGAGAGCUACUCUUGCAAGAUGGCAGGCGAGGACAAGCAGAUGUUCAAGCAGUUCUGUCAGGAGGGACUGCCUCAUGUCCUGGAAGCCCUGUCCCCUCCACAGUCAUUAGGAAUAAGCCCCAACAAGUUGAGCCAGAGUCAGAGUGGAGACGAGGGGGAAGGGCCUCUCUCUGACAAGUGCAGCAGGAAGACCCUCUUUUACCUGAUCGCCACCCUCAACGAAUCCUUCCGCCCCGACUAUGACUUCAGCCGCACCAAGAGCCACGACUUUAGCAGAGAGCCCAGCGUUAACUGGGUGUUCAACGCGGUGAACAGUAGUCUGUCGGCGGCGGCUGGGGAGGAUUAUAGUCUGCUUCAGCCCCAGCUGUGGGAGGCCAUCGAUGCUGAGAUCUGCCUGUCCGAGUGUGACAUCUACAGCUACAACCCAGACCUGGACUCUGACCCGUACGGAGAGGAGGGCAACAUGUGGUCCUUCAACUACUUCUUCUACAACACGAGGCUGAAGAGGAUCGUCUUCUUCACGUGCCGCUCGGUCAGUUUAUUCAUGGCCCCACGGGACUCUGGCAUUGACAACGAACUGGACCUGGAGCUGGAUGAAGAUUGUUAUGAGAACAUGGAUGAAGAGAGCAGGUAUGGUGCCCUGUGUGCCCAAUGAAGUCCCAGUCUCAUACAGGACCAGACAGUAUACUGGAUGUCUGUCUGUACCCACAUCACCAUUUCUUAAACAACUCAUCUUAAACUCAUCAUAUUUCAUGUUGGGAUUAUACUUCUGUUUUUUUUUCUUCUGACUAUGUGUGGUGAACCUCGCUGUAUUUUACUGCGGAAAUCAGACUAUGAGCUUGGAGAUCUGUUACUCAUGUUCAGAUGAGGAUUAUUCCCAUUUAUUUGUGUUUAUCAUUUUUAAUUUUCCAUCGCUACGUUCUCCUUACCUUGAUUAUCAGAAGCAAAAGCUUUGUUUGGUGUGUUUAAGAGCGUCUGCUAAAUGACUUAAAUGUAAAUGUAAAUGUAUUGGAGCAUGUCCUGGCACUCAUUAAUUUGCAACAUAUUUCAUAUUCUCUUUGCUGGUUUUGAUAAUGCAUUAAUUAAGCAAAGUUUUAGAUUUUAUUAUGUUUUUCAAGCUUUACCAUUCCAAAGUGUGAGCUGUUCUCAUACCAAAUUGGCACUCAAGGUUUAUGUAUAGGACCAUUCUCUGACUGCAUGCUUGAGCACAUGUUUGAACACCAGGGGGCAGACUCAAUUUAGGUUUCCUCCACCAAUACUGUCACUUCAAUCUCAGCUGAUGGAAAAGUCAUAUAACAGCUUGAAUCAGUCUGCCUCUUGGUGAUGUUCUACCUUUCAUACCAAUGCUACUCAAGCCUACAAUUGUUUAUUUGUUUUUAUUUAGCGACAAGUGCAGUCUAUAGUUUUAUGGGUCAAGCCAGCAAAUACGAUUCUGCUGUAUCUGUUCCAAAAGCACUCGAGAAUCAAGACUAGAUUCUGAAUUCCAUCGUGUGUUUUAAGGACUUAUGUGACUUCUCAUAUGUAGUACAAACUCUGCUUGUAGAGUAUACUGUUUGAAUUUACAUAUAUUGCAUUUUAAGAUAACUUAAAGCCUUUUUUAUUGCUUUAGUUGAAGCAUUUUUUUGUGUGUGUUUAGUUAGAGCAGUGCCCCCUGUGUGUGGCAUUUUUAAAUGUAAUUUUAGACAGUCUCAAGACAAAUCUAAAGUCUGAUUUAUAAUUUCCACUGCAAAAACUCCCUGUAGAGAUCAGUGAUGCCUAUGGUCCAACUUUCCUGAUCAAAUGAAGCAUGUACUGAAUAUACAAUAAUGCAUUUGUGACUAAUGGGUGGACUGAAGAGCAAGGAUACCUAUUUAGGCUCAGUAGUGAGUGGUUGGUUAGUCGAAUUUCAAUGGUCACAGCUCCUGUAUCAGUAUUUUGGUUGUCUUAUUGACUACCAGCUGGACAGUGUUGCUGUAUGUGGCAUACGUCUUGCUCUUGCCCGGUUUUGUAUAAGUAAAAUGUGAAAGACUCAUAUCCUUCGUACAUUAGGUACAAAAUGGUAGAAUGAUACAGUAGGUAUUGUAAAGUUUCAUCUAUUCCGUUCUAUGUGAUGUAUAUCUAUCUGCCUCUAGUGACAUUGAAACCACAAACCUAUUCCUGAAUUUGAUUUCAAAUGUCAACAACAUCCAAAGUUAUCAGCAUAUUGACAAACACUUUGUGCAGGCAGACAUGUCUACAGUACACAUUUUCUUGUUGAUUAUCUUUGUCGACAGAGCAGCUGUUUUAGACUUUCAACACUGAUUUGUGUGGAAAUUAGGUGGUUGUCAUGGCAAGGACAUGCAAGCUUAUUGCCUCCGACUUCCGGAUGAUAUGGUCCAAUUACAUACUAAGAAGCGAGAUAAUAUUGUUGCAUCAUUGGCACAUUUAUUUUAGUCUUGUGCUAUUGACUGGCAGCUUACAAGACCUCAUACUUGUGGUUUUAUUUCACUAAACUUGUAUCCAUUUGAUUUGUCACCAUGUAUAAUAAAGGUCUUGACUAAAACUG